AUGUCGCCCGACGACGUGUCCCGGAAGUCGCCCGUGCCGCCGCCGUCCCCGCCGCCGAUGGACUCGUGGGCUCGGGGAGGGCGUCGCUCCAGGCCCCGUGGCGGCGGCGGCAGCGGCAGCGCCAGCUCUGGCGGCGCCGCCGAGUCCGAGGAGGAGUACCUGGCGCUCUCCCUCCUCAUGCUGUCGCGCGGCGUCCGCGGCGAGGUCGAGGACGGCGGCUUCGGCGGCGUCAAGGGCGUGGGAGCGGCGCCGACCAAGGCGCAGGGGUACGAGUGCUCCGUGUGCGGCAAGGUCUACGCGUCCUACCAAGCGCUGGGCGGCCACAAGACGAGCCACCGGAAGCCGCCCACGCCGCCAGCUGCGUCGGCGGGCGGCGACGAGGCGUCCGGCGGCGCCCCCGUGGAGGCCAAGGUGCACCAGUGCUCGCUCUGCCACCGCACGUUCCCGUCCGGGCAGGCGCUGGGAGGGCACAAGCGCCUGCACUACGAGGGCGGCGCCGCGGGCGCCGGGACCGGCAAGGACAAGGAGGCCGCCAAGGCGAAGGCGGCGGCGCUGCUGAGGGACUUCGACCUGAACCUGCCGGCGUCGGGGGUGGCCGGGGACGAGGCCGAGAGCCCGCCCCCGGAGGCCAAGAGGGCGAGGCUGAUGCUACUAGCAAUCUGA